AAAAAGACAUGGGAAACCAGAAGCUAUCCACCAUAAGUCUUGUUUUCUGUUUGAUUUUAUUUACAGUAUACAUUCAAGGAAUUCUUGCACAGGGGUGUUCCUCAAGUGACGUCAUCAUCUGCAGGACUAACUACGCUAAUGCUUAUAGUGCUGCUGCAAACGAUCAUGGAAAAAUUUGCAGUGCAGGACACCAGUUUCUUGACUGUCUAGACAAUGUAUUGGCUGCCUGUGGCACGGAGGGCCAGUCAAGUCAAUCUCUUCACCAAGCAAAACAAUACUUGAACCAAGCAAGGCAAGCCCUCAACCAAAACGUGUGCGGCGCUGCUGAUCUCCUCUUCAAUGUGGUGUUCAUGGCUUCUGGACUCGCAUUUUCAUACAUUUUUAAAAAAAUUAAUGACUGAAAUAAUCUUUAACCCAUUUAUACACAAUAUUGCAUGCAAAAUCUAGACUUAAGCAAAUUAAAUUUUUUAUAUAGUUAAAUCAAAAGAAUUUUCAUAUGUACAAUCCUUAUUCGUAGAAA